AAAUCCCGCUGUGCUAUUGUAUAUAAAGGGCCAGGGUCGCAAGAAACCGGUAUUACAGGGUUGUAUUCCUUCUAAGUUGGUGUAUCUGGAAUAAAGAAGAAAGAGAAAGAGAAGAAAAAUGUCGAUAGUACAGAUGAAAUACGACAUGAACGGUAGUUGUGGUACAGGGUUAGAGAACCCACGCUACAUCAAAGAGAAGGAGCAAGUUCAAAGCAACAGGCCCGUCCCGGUGCGUGCUGGCUCUAAGGUGAAGUGGCAGAGAUUUGAACCACCAACAUGGGCGGCUGGAUUGAAAAAUCUUCCCAAGUAUUACGUGAAGCUUGCCCAGCACAACACACCUGUCCACGAAUGGGACCUCCCCGACAUCCCCAAUGGCUUCCAGAUUGGCAUCAAGCGAGAUGACAUGACCGGAAGUAACAUGUCUGGAAACAAAGUGCGCAAGUUAGAGUUCCUUCUUGCUGAUGCCCUGGAGAAAAAGUGUGACACUAUCUUCACCUUGGGUAGUAUCUACUCCAAUCACUGCCGUUCCACAGCUAUCGCUACCAAGCAGUUGGGCCUUGAGUGCUAUCUAUUCAUGAGACAUCGUGAAAAGAACACAGAUAUUGGCUCGAUGGGUAACAUGCUGUUUAACAGGAUGACCGGUAGCCACAUGAUACUGACAGAGUACGAGCCAUAUGACAUUGCAACAUACCCCAAGAUGGAUAGACUGAAGGAAAAGCUAGAGAAGGAAGGCAAAUCUGUGUACAUCAUCCCAGCCGGCGGCUCCUGCUAUGUCGCCAUGUUCGCCUACAUGAUGACCUUCAACGAGCUAAUUAACCAGGGUGUCCUGGAGGAGUACACUGAUGUUGUCAUGACAACUGGGAGUGGGGGCACAGCUUCUGGCAUGGCAAUUGCCAACUACCUCACUGGCUCAAAACUCAAAGUCCAUUGUGUGAAUGUCAGGAAUAGUAUUGAAAACCUGCAUCAACACAUCCAAGAAGAUCUUGAUCAAGCAGGCCUGAAUCAUGUCAAUGCUGCCGACAUCAUUGACAUCAUGGAUGGGCACAAAGGACUGGGAUAUGGCAUCUCCACUCAGGAAGAAUUAGAGCAUGUUAUUGAGAUUGGAUGUACUACAGGAAUCACAGUUGAUCCAGUAUAUACUGUCAAGUCUGUGCGUGGAAUGCUUGCUGAAAUGAGGGAUAACCCAUCCAGAUUUAAAGGCAAAAAGGUCUUAUAUAUGCACACUGGUGGAAUGUUUGGACUGUUUGAGGGGCGAAUGGACACAACAUUAAAUUCUCUGGAGAAGUGUAAUCGUGUCAGAUAUUGGGCAAAUGGUGAUGAUAUUCCAGAGUUUUAGAUAAAUCUAAUAAUGAGAAUAAUCCUGUAUUUGUGUAGAGAUGUAGUGAUAGAAAAUUGCAGAGGCUCCAAGAAUUCAUAAAGCACUGUUUUGUGCUGAACAAUGAGAAUAGAAAAGGAUAGAGAUAUUUUGGAACCUAUUUUGAAAUUAACUAUUUAUAUGAUGUGAUAACUGUAAUGAAUACUGACAAUUGGAGUUUGUACUCCCAAUUGUAUAUAAAUUUAAAAUAACUUCUGUACGCACGAAACAUUUAAUAUCGUCACAUAACAGCUAUAUGUACACAUAUUUGUAUAUAUAUAUAUAUAUAUGUACUUGUUUUGGUGGUUUGUUGAUUUGUGAACAACUUGCCAAAUGACCAAAACUUAGUUUUCUUAAUAUACCUGCAAAAAAAAAAAUGCACAAAAAAAUGAACAAAAGAGAAUAAAAGAAUUCCGAAUAAAGUAUUGAUAUAAUGCC